CUAGAUCUAAAUCUAACGUGGGCCUACUGUGCUCAGUGACUGACUGAGUGUGCUGUGUAAUGUAAAUUUGUGUAAAUGGGGAGGUCAUCUAAGGAUAAAAGAGAUGUCUAUUACAGAAGAGCUAAAGAAGAAGGAUGGAGGGCUCGUAGUGCAUACAAGCUUUUGCAAAUUAAUGAUGAUUUUAAUAUAUUUGAAGGUGUGACUAAAGUUGUCGACCUGUGUGCUGCACCAGGCAGCUGGAGUCAGGUAUUGGCAAAAAAACUGAGGGGUGAUUCUGGAAGUAAAUCUGAUGCCAAAAUAGUUGCUGUGGACCUUCAAGCCAUGGCCCCUAUACCAGGAGUGAUUCAACUGCAGGGUGAUAUCACCAAGAAAUCAACUGCACAAGCUAUAAUAGGACACUUUGAUGGGGAAGAAGCAGAUCUUGUUGUUUGUGAUGGUGCACCAGAUGUUACUGGCCUUCAUGAUAUUGAUGAAUACAUUCAGGCACAGCUUCUACUUGCUGCUUUGAACAUAACAACACAUGUCCUAAAGAAAGGAGGGACAUUUAUAGCAAAAAUCUUUAGAGGAAAAGACGUAACUUUACUGUAUUCACAACUUAAAAUAUUUUUCCCUCUGGUCACUGUUUUUAAACCACGUAGCAGUAGGAAUUCAAGCAUUGAGGCAUUUGUGGUCUGUCAGAAUUAUUCCCCUCCUGAAGGGUACAUUCCUAAUAUGUCAAAUCCUUUAUUGGAUCAACAUUAUGAGGUUGAUUUUAAAGAUUUGGAAGGUCCAAAUAGAGUAAUAGUUCCUUUCUUGGCUUGUGGGGAUCUCAGUGGCUUUGAUUCUGAUAUGACUUAUCCCUUAGAGCUAGGACUGGGUGAGGCAUACACAUAUCAUGAGCCUACUCAGUCUCCUAUAAAUCCCCCUUACAAAGAAGCUUGUGAACUCAGGCGAAAAAAUAAACUUGUCAAACAAACUGUAGAGAUUCAACCUCAGAGCUCUCCAGAUUUGAGCAGUCGGUCUACAGGGGAUAGCUGUACUGCAACAAGUAACUCUUCUCAGAAAUCAGACGAACUUUCUCCAGGUGACAUUGCGCUUUGUUCAAAAGUUGAUGAGUUGUUGUUACAUUAAAAAAAAAUUUACGC